UUAAAAACAAAAUUUAAUCUCAGAUGCAUGAAAACUCUAUUGAGAGAUGAGACGAUGCCUUGGGAGUGAUUGAACUUUUUCACUCUCCCACAUGGAGAACCAUGCUGUAGACAAAACACGAAUUUUAAAAAAUUUGAGGUUAUUGUAUUGUUAUUGUUAGUGUAUGUGUUAGAGAGCCAUGAGGACUUGAUUCAUUUAUUUUAUUCUUUAUUUAUUUAACGCCUGUCCUUUAAGUCAUUUUCUCAGCUUCAAGUCUCACUUAUGUUGAAAAUUCGUAUCUAGUGCAAUCGGUGAAACGAUGGAUCACACUGGUAACCAAAUUAAGUUUUUGCCUCAUCAUGAACAGAGAAGUUUAUGUACCACAAGACCACCUUAUCGGCAAGGUAGGAAAUUAACUGCUGUUAAAGUUUACACCGUUAACGAUGAAUCCGUACACCUACUGAUUCAUGGGGUGCCAUCUAUUGGACUUCUCUCGGAAGUCUCAAUGCUCUGCGAGCGAUAUGGUCGCGUCAAAUCUGUGAAACUUGUGGACCAAUAUUCAUCGGAGCAAGAAGAAUUCACCAACGUUUAUCAUGUCCAGUUUGAAAGAAUUCAGUCCGCUAGAUUUGCCAAGAAAAUUAUCGACACCAAAUCAUUUUUCGGUGGUAUUUUACAUGUAUGUUAUGCUCCAGAAUUGGAAACAAUCCAGGAAACAAAACUGAAACUUGUCAAUCGGAAACGAGAAAUUGCUAAGCGCACAAGAAAUUUGCCUUCUUUUGGGAAAGAUGUGAAGAAUCAUGAGCUCCACCAUAUUGCCGAGAACAACUCAUUUAAUGCAGGGUAUGCUGAUAAAAGUUCACUGGAAAGUCACAAAGCUUCGAACUCCCUUUCCUCACUUGCUGCUGCUCAUUUAUGUUUUCCGCCACCCUCAAUUACUAUUGGCUCUGAUUCACAGGAGUUGCCAAUAUUCAUGCCACAAAUUCAAUCUAGUACUCAAGUGACAAUGCCAUCUAGCAAUCUUGGCAGCAUGUAUCAACAAUAUCCUCUUUUGGAGGGAUCAGCAAGUGAAAGCAGCUCAAAAAAUUCAAUUGAAACGACUCCUCUAGUAAUACCAGCAAUGCCUUCUACCUCUCGUAAACGACCAGGUUCAUACUCAGAUUCUCAUUCAAAUUCGAUUUGUAAGCCAGGAAGCAGCACCGGGUUGUCCUCUGCUAGUCUUGAUUCAAAGAAAAAUUAUAUUCCCACGAAAAUUAAGAAAACUGCUCCUAUCUCCCUGAAACAAUCGCAUUCUGAUGGCUGUUACUUUCAGCCACCUGAACAUCAAUUGCCAUCUCCACUUCAAGCAUCUCAAAGCUCUGCCUCUCAUCUCUCAAAACAAGAUGUCAAUAACGUACAUGCUUCAAAGCGACCUGCAGUCACACCAAUCAAAUUUUUACCAAGGAGUGUGCUCAUGAAAAAACCCAAAAAAUAAACUUUGAAAGUAAAUGACAGUACAGUAUACUACUAAUAACUAUUUUGCAAAAUGCUGUCUUCAAAUCUUAUCCUCUGUGUAUUGUCAUUCGUGCAUGCUUGAAAAUAGAAAUGUUGAAACUUCGAGCGGGACAGAUGAUCUUCGUAUUUACUUCAGAAAAUUUCAAUCUGAGGGAAAAACAACAACAUGCUUGCCAAUUGAUGUUCAAGACUCAACAAGAUAUUGACUAAGCGAGGUCUUGAGUGGCUCCACGGCUACCUAAACUAGGUCAUGGCCAUGAACUUUACCUGAAGCAAUAAAUAAGUGUGGAAGAGAAAUGUUCCCGAGUUCAAAUCUUUUCAAAGCUCCUCAGGGAAGAAUUUUGCAGAUUAAUGAAGGAUUGAUAACCUUGGAUACUUUAAUUGUGAAGCUCUGAAGCCCUCUAUUCCACAAGCAUAAAUUUAGAGUCUAAAAAUAGUCAAUACUACCAAGGAAGCUAACAACUAAAAUGACUGAUAAUUUUUGCGGACUGCAAGGAUCGUUCAAAAGCAAAAACCUUUUCAAGUCUGCUACACAAAUUUAUUUAGUGAUUCUGAAAAUGAAGAGGACUUACUUGUCUUGGUGGGAUGCCGCUAUCAGUUGCAACAGCCACAAGAUGAGCGGUAGAACUGUUGAAUGCAGUGACAUCACAAAGGGUUAUAACUCCUUCUUCAUUCACUGAAAACAUCCUGCAACAAGAAGGUAAAGCAUUAAACCAGAUUAAUUUAAUCAUUUCAGACCGUCCUGAUCAUUUAAAACUGGAUUUGAAAAAUCUCCAGGAUAGGCCCCUAAAACUCAAUAAAUUCACAAGGAUUAAGUAUCAAAAAGGCUCAAUUUCCCCCCUCUCUUAUAACAGCUGCAAUCUUUGGAUGCUUGCAGCUGAAAGUAAGCAUGUUUAAGCAAUUUUUAAGUUUUUCCACUAUUCAUAUUUGUUGAAAAGUCUUGAAACAGACUUAAAUUUGAACCUGCAAUCCAAAAUUGGCAAAAAUGUAUAGGUUUUAAGUGCUUCAGCGGUAUUUCAGACCAUUUCCUCCAGAAAUACAUGUCCAAUUUUUCAUUUUUAAUCAAUUUUUCAAUUAAGAGACCAUAUCGAAAGUUACUGUUUACAUGGUCUUGUCAGGACUCAUCAAGACGUACUUAAUGUUGACCCCUCGCGGAGCCAGAACUGUAUCAUGUUUGUCAACACCUUCAACAAACAUCAGGAUGUGUAACAGUGCCUUGAAUACUUUUUGCCCUGUUUAUUUGGUCCAUCCUCAUUGAGUCAUUGAGUCUUUUCCAAAUUUGUAUACACCCCAAUCAAAUAUGUUUUACCAAUUGCAAAUGACUGCAGAUCGGUCACUUU